AUGGCGCCGCUCGUGCCGUCGUCACAACCAUGGGUGGAGAAAUACCGGCCGAGGCAGGUGAAGGACGUCGCGCACCAGGAGGAGGUGGUCCGGGUGCUCACCAACACCCUCGAGACCGCCGACUUGCCGCACAUGCUGUUCUACGGUCCGCCUGGCACGGGGAAGACCACCACUGCGCUUGCCAUUGCAUACCAGCUCUACGGUCCAGAGCUCUACAAGUCAAGAGUUUUGGAGCUUAAUGCGAGUGAUGAACGGGGAAUUAAUGUGGUGAGGACAAAGAUCAAGGAUUUUGCUGCUGUGGCUGUUGGUUCUGCACGGAAAGGUGGUUAUCCCUGCCCACCAUACAAGAUUAUUAUACUAGACGAAGCAGAUUCGAUGACAGAAGAUGCCCAGAAUGCAUUGAGGCGUACUAUGGAGACUUACUCCAAAGUGACAAGAUUCUUUUUCAUAUGCAAUUAUAUCAGCAGGAUAAUAGAGCCACUUGCAUCAAGAUGUGCAAAGUUUAGGUUCAAGCCUCUUUCAGAAGAUGUGAUGAGCAACCGCAUUUUGCAUAUAUGCAAUGAAGAAGGGCUCACUCUGGAUGCUCAGGCGCUAUCCACAUUAAGUGCCAUCUCUCAAGGAGAUCUUCGUCGUGCUAUAACUUAUCUUCAGAGUGCAGCUCGCUUAUUUGGAUCUUCUAUUUCUUCCAGCGACCUGAUUAGUGUUUCAGGGGCUAUCCCUGAAGAUAUUGUCAAGUCAUUGCUUGUAGCAUGCAAAUCUGGUGAAUUUGAUGUGGCAAACAAGGAAGUUAGCAAUAUUAUUGCAGACGGAUAUCCAGUUUCCCAGCUGCUCUCGCAGUUUCUAGAUGUGAUUGUUAAUGCGGAUGAUAUUCCAGAUGAGCACAAGGCAAGAAUAUGUAGAAAGCUUGGGGAAGCUGAUAAGUGCUUGGUCGAUGGGGCAGAUGAGUAUUUACAGCUCUUAGAUAUGGCCAGUGAGACAAUCCGUGCUCUGUUUAACAUCCCGCAAGGGUUGGUCUUCUAA